AUGACUUCGAAUUCAACCUGCGGUUAUCAAUUCUCAUCCGAAGCGGCCUGGUUCAUCGACCAUGUCGAGGCCUCUCGCGCAUGUGCUCAAUCCAAACUGACAACGCAGCCCAACCUUGGCCUGCUCGACGUCGUCUAUGAGAGCGACGAUGGCUCGCUGGGUGAGAGUCGAGGCUGGGGCGGGUUUGCUCGCUACGUUCAACGCUUGAAUGACAAGGCAGAUCCCAGCACGUCAUACAAAGUAUUACUGGUCGUGCGGCAUGGCCGCGGCGUCCAUAAUGUUGUGAUGGACGAGGUUGGCUCAGCUGAAUGGAAGAGACACUGGUCCAAAUUAGACGGGGACGGAAAUCGAACCUGGUACGACGCAGAGUUGGUUGACGAGGGAGUAGAGCAAGCGAAAGCGCUCGGGGAUUUUUUCGCAGAAGGCGUCAAAAACAUGGGCUUCCCUGUCCCCGAAACCCUUUACACUAGUCCACUAGCACGGUGCCUUGAGACAACAAAGCUCGUAUUCAAGGGUGUGUUGGAGGAACAAGGAAGGCCUUUCAAGCCGAUAGUGAAAGAACUCCUUCGGGAACGACUAACCAACCACACAUGUGACAGGAGGAGAGCAAGGACCUGGAUUACAGCCACCUAUCCAGAAUACGAGUUGGAGACAGCCUUCGCAGAAGAAGAUGUGUUGUGGCAUGCCGAUCGAUCAGAGUCCAAUGUAGAGAAUGCCGCCCGCACGCAAACGUUGUUCGAAGAUAUUUGGAAGGAAAACUCGGGGACCUUCAUCGCCCUUGUCACCCACUCAUUCGCGCUCUCCUCAAUACUCGAAGUAAUCCAUGCACCCCAUUUCCGAGUGGGCGAAGGCGUGAUGACCGCCUUUUUAGUGAAAGGGCAAAGGCUGGGAAUCUCCUAG